GUAUGAUGGCCUCCAGCAUUUACUCAUUUUAUUUACUUUAUUUUUUGGGGGGGGGUCCUAUGGACUAUAAACUUGCCCCUCUGUUGAUUUACUGAACCACAGUGUUUGAGCCAUUAUGUCCUGAGGCUGAAUCUUCUCUUUUUCUCAAUCCCCUACUGGUAUACUGGAUUCUGCCAGAUAAGCUAACCUGCUGAACUGGCCUUUCCUGGGGCAAAUUUUUCACUGUACAUAGCAGGCUGAGGGUACAAGUCCAACCAGGUCUCCCUGUCAUCAGAUCCUCCCUGCCAGCCAUUGUCAGAGCCCUGGUCCAGAGGUGAACCCUUGCAGCUGUGGUCUCUGCCCAGGGCUGACUGUGUGAGCUCCAAUCUUGUCUCAGGGAUGGAUGGGGGAGGGUUUUCAGCAAGUCUAUCUCUCCCUUAUCCUGUGAAAAUAGACACACUAUGCCUACUUUUCAAGUUGUUUUCAGUAGGAGAAUCUCAUGACUACUUCUUCUUGUUGGGUUUGUAUUUCUGUUUUCUUUGAAGUGUAUUAUAAAUAUUGGUUUGGAAGGACUGUCAGAAGUUUGGGCCUUAGGGCUCCUAAGUUGCCAUCUUGACUCUGCCUCCAGUUUCUUCAUCUGUAAAAUGAGGAAGCUAUGCUAGAUGACUUCUGAGAUUCCUUCCAGUUUUAAAUCCUGUGAGCCCAUGAACAUUCAAGAAAGAGUUGGUAUGGGUGGGGAAAGGACAUCACAGUCUUAACACUUACAGGUGAUUUACCCCUUGUGAGCAGUCGAGCCUCAGUAUAAACUGAGGCAAUGAUUUCUAGAUGAUAGAGAGCAUAGUUGAAGGAGUCACUUAAGACCACAUUUAUUGAGCUGUGCAAGUGAUAAUUAGGUUUCUUAGUGAAUUCUGUAUAGUUUUCUGAAGAAACAGCCUGUGCUUUCAAGAUACUUAAGAUCCCUGUGGGAGACAAGAAUUAUCCUAUUAUUAUCCUAUUACUAACUGAUGACCUAAUUUGCCCAUUAAAAAACUAAGUUGCUGAAUAUUCAAAAAAUGUACACAGGAGAUCAAAGAUCAUAGGAAUUAUAGUUGGUCAGGGACACUAGAGAUCCUCUGACUCUUUCAUUUUACAAAUAAGGAAAACUAAGACCUAGAAAGGCUUGUUCAAGGUCACAUAGCACCUAACUAGCCAAGCUGGGAUUUAAACUCAGGACAACCUGACUCCAAAACCAGCAUUUUUUUUUCCUGUAUCUAUAUGUUUGUGUAAACAUAUAAAUGCUGUAUAUGUGAAUAAGUGUGGUCUUGUUAAAAAAUUUUAAAUCUCACUAUUUGUUAUUAUAAAAGUCAUAGGUACACAUAAUCUUUUGAAAUUCUUCCCUUUGUCUUUAUAAUUUUCUUUCUUUGUUUCUUUUUGCAAACCUAAAUGUCUCUUUUACCUGAGUCAAUUACAGGAGGAUAAUGUUCUGGCAACCCAGAAUUUAUUUCCUGCUUCUUUUCUUGAUGGGCCAUUCAGUGGCAGCUUUGAGAACUCCAAAUUCUAAGCAGGAUUUGCAUCCAUUACUACAGAAAAUGGCAGAAGAAGUAAUAGAGGGAAGAUACCUAAAUGCUCUUCUGGAUUUGAUCCAGUUUCAGAGUUCUAAUGUCUGGACAUCGGACCUAUCCCAAAGACUUAUGGCUUAUUUCCACUCGAGAAACGUUGCCUUUACUGUCCGCAGUCUUCAGGCUACCAUGGAAAAUUACCUGGAGAACCUUCUGUACCAGCCCCAGAAGCUGCUGGAAGAUUUCCGACAGACUGAUCACCAGCAAUUCCAGACUGCCAUGAAAUGCUUUUUUGAAGACAAAAAGAGCAGAUUGGAGCUGGAUGACAUAGUGAUUGAUCUGAAGGAAAUCCGGGACCGUGCCUUGCAGACACCUGGUGUAAACCGAACUCUGUUCCUCAUCACCCUUGAAAGAUGCUUCCUGAUUAUGAAUUCCAUUGAAUGUGUGGCUAUACUAGGCCAGGUGCUACGGGUUUCCCCUGGAAGCUUCCUCCAACCUGAGAUCAUUGAGAACCUUCCCAGAAACCUUCAGGAGGAUUCCUUUAAGAAUUUGUCCUCAGUAUUUAAAGAUCUCUAUGACAAGACCUCUGCCCAUUCACAAAGAGCACUCUACUCCUGGAUGACUCAGAUUUUGCAGAAAUCUUCUAAUUAUUCAACCGAUGACUCGGUGUCAUGGGUUAGUGCAGAAAACCUAUGGAUUUUGGGAAGAUACAUGGUUCACCUCCCAUUUGAAGAAAUUACAAAAAUUAGUCCUGUUGAGAUUGGGCAGUUCAUCAGCUAUGACAAUGCCACCAAGCAACUGGAUACGGUUUAUGACAUCACACCACAGCUGGCCCAAGCUUUUUUAAAAAGGAUCAACUCUUCUAGCUUUGACAUGAGGAACACCUCUACUAUUCACAGGCAAGAACCAACAGCUUUCUUAACUCUCUGGAGGUGCCAGUUCCUCCCAGCUAGAUUGGGACUGCUUGUUUGUUUCUAUGAUGACCUGGAGGAGCUGGAGGCCACAGUAGCUCAAGUCUUACUACAUCAAAUGAUUAAGUGCAACCAACUUAGAGGCUUCCAGGCUGAUGUUCAGAAGCUCAAGGCUGAACUUUUGGACAUCGCUAUGGAAAACCAGACCCUGAAUGAUACCCUGGGCUCCUUAUCUGAUGCAGUGGUGGGUCUGACGUGCAGCCAGCUAGAAGACCUGUCUCCAGAGGCAGUGCACAAUGCAAUCUCAACUCUCAACCAGGUUUCAGGGUGGGCCAAGAGCCAGGUCAUUAUCUUGUCCACCAAGUACUUGACCCAUGAGAAGGUCAUAUCAUUCUAUAACAUCAGCCAAAUGGGUGCACUGCUGGCUGGUAUCAGCACCCAAGCUUUCUACAGCAUGGAUCCAAAGGAGCUCUCACAUAUCGUUAGAGGCACCAUCUCCCAACAUGUAUCUGAUCUGUCACCUACCCAGCAACAAGGUAUCCUCAGCAAGAUUCUUGAAGCAAGUGAUGUUUCUUCAACAGUCAUGGAUAUACAAGGAAUUUUCUUUAAGGAAGUAUCUCUCUUUGAUUUAUGGAAGGAGCCAGGCUUUAACUCUACAGUUGUGAAAGAAAAGGAGCUCAGGAGAAGUCAGGCCUUAUUUCUGUAUGAUUUUUUGUCAAGAUCGAUGCAAAAGUCUGAUGACCUCCUAAGUGUAGGGCAGUUGGUUAAAGGAAUAACAUGCCAGCAGAUUGAGAGCAUGAGCCCUGACUCAUUUUUGGCCCAUUUCAAGUAUUUUGAAAACAAUCUCCACCUGCUUUCUCCAUAUCAGAUGAGUUGUCUAGCAUGGAAGUACUGGAAAGAGUCUCGAUCAUCUCUGCCUCCCUAUCUCUUAUCAGCACUCCCGGCCCGCUAUCUGGAGUUAGUCCCAGCCUCUCAAUGUGUUCCUUUUCUGAUUAGCCUGGGGAAGAUCGAGAUGAACACACUCGUUUUAGAUUCUCAUAAAAAGAAUUCAAUUAUCAGAAAAGUACGGCAAUGCUUGAAUGAUUCCAUUACUGACGAAUACAACAUUGACAUCAUCGGAAACCUCAUCUGCCAUUUGCCUCCAGCCAUUAUCCAAAAUGGGAUUCACUCUAGAGCCUUGGCCACAGCAAUGGACAGACUCAAAUUCUGCACAAGCCUCAGCCCUGAGCAAAAGACUGAAGUGAAGCACAGGCUCUUGGAACUGCAUGGACUCCCUCAGAAUUGGACGGUUGAAACAACAAAAGACAUUGGACCAUUUCUAGUCCUCUUUUCAGGAGAUGAAUUAAGAAUCAUUGCUUCUAAGUUCCCUGAAAUCCUUCAGCAAACAGCUUCCAAAAUGGUGGGAACCCAACCCCCUAAAGAGUUUCUCUGGAUUGUCUUUGAAUCCAUCCAAAACACCAACAGAAAUGUUCACACAUCCGAUCCCAUAGAUGAUUGCCAAGGAGUCACAGUUCCCAGUUCGGAUGACAUUCUAAAGUUAGUAGAAGCUAAUGCCUGCUGGUCUCCUCAAGAACUUCUGUGUAUGGAGGAGGACACAUUUACCAAGAAUGUUGAGCUGCUGGGGACCAUCUCGAGUUUCAGCCAGCCACAACUGAUGGCCUUGAAGGAGAAAGCAAAACAGGUCUGGAAUGUGCCAUCUUAUUGGAAAAAUCAUCACAUCGUCUCCCUGGGCCGCAUUGCUCUGGCUCUGAAUGAAAAUGAGCUAAAACAGCUGGAUCUCAGCUCGAUUGACACGGUGGCCUCCCUGAGCCAGCAGACAGAGUGGACUGUGGGACAGGCUAGCACCAUUCUUCAAGGCUUUUUGGAAGACUCAGGUCACCGCAUACAGGAACUAAAGAGCUUUGAUUUAGUGGGACUUGGUGCAAGUUUGUGUGCCAUCAGUAUUAAUGAAGUCCCACUGAUAAGUAUCUCAGAAUUUAGCAUGGUGGUUGCUAGAAUUGGUACUCUGUUCUGCAGCACUCCCAUCCUGGCAGCAUUCAAGAGAAAGGCAGAGGCUGUGUUUGGGGAUCCUACUGAGUGGAGCAGUUCAGUGAUACAGGAGCUGGGCACCAUUGCAGCUGGAUUAACAAAGGAAGAAUUACGUAUGCUCGAUAAGGAUUUAAUGCCAUAUUUCCAGCCAUCAGCAAUAAAAUGCAUUCCUGAGGAGAUCUUCAAAGAACUGUCUCCAGAGCAGAUCUUCCAUUUGGGUCCUGAGAAUGCCGCUUGGGUAACAGAGCCCCAGAGGAGACACCUCAACAUGCUGCAGCUGCAGAGUCUCCAGUUGGCACUAGAUGGCGCCAAGACCAGGUUCCAACUAGAAGCACCACUGAACAUGGGCACCACCAGCGUUACACAUUUCCCUUCCUCUGACUGUGAGCAAAACCACAUUUCUGUUCCUUCUUCCUUCCCCCAUAACAGACACAUAGGCAAUACACUGCACCAGAGGGUGAUGUUCUCCACACCGAGCACAACGAAAUUUCCCACAGUCCCUCCUCCUCUUUCCUUGACUAAGUUAUUCCAAAAACAGUGGCAAAUUGGAGUAAAUAAGCUGGGCUCAAGUUUUAGGGGGUCCCACGUACCUGGAGUGACCAUUGGCUUGCCAGUGAUUCCAGGACAAGGGAGGUAGCUUCUGCCGGCUGCUAACAAACUAGAUCUCUUCCAUGAGUGUGCACAAGAUCAAUCCUUCUUUUGAAAGACAGAGCCAUAGAUCAAGGGAAAGCCCAUGGAAUUGUGUUAUUAUACCCUUCCCCAUACUCUUUAGGGUCCAUGAUUACUCUUCUCCUUCAAGACUGCCCCUGAUUUUUCAUUUUAACCCCAGUUUCACAUGGAAGAAAAUGUAGGGAGGGAGUGAGAGUAUGGAGUAAGAGAGAGGAGAUACUGUACAAUUUGUACAGAGUCCCACAUCAACUUAGAGAUGCCCUUGGAUAUCAUGCCCACCUGCGACUCCCCUGCCCUGGUUUGAUAUUUCUUCCCCUUUCAUUGAGUGUACUUCCAGAUCCUAGGAUAUAAUUGAUGGAUUAUUGAUGAUAUAUAAGUAAAUGAUAAGGUAUAGAUGCCAGAGGCAUCAUGAUGGGUUGGAUAGAGAGCUGGCUCUACAAUCAAAAAGA